AUGGGCAUACCACCACGGGGCUACCUGGCGGGCAGCAACCUGAAGAAGAUCUGCCAGAUCCUGGAGGACAACCCCCGAUUCGUCACCCUCUAUGACCCCCGCAGACACAUGCCCCUCUACUCUGCAUACACCUUCAAACGGUCUGACGGGGAGAAGAGCAUGGACCAGCCCUGGAUGUACAAACCACAGCUGGCCUCCAGUAAAUCCAGCGGUAAUAUGGAGGUCUACCCACAGUCGGCUCAGAUGCACAAGCAUCUCAUGGACAGUCAGGCGGUGCUGGAGGACAUUACAGACGUGCCCCAGUAUGUGCGUGGCCAACUGAACCCAGACCAGCACCAGUUGGAGCCCCUCGACAAGGCAGCCACCUACACCCUGUCCAACGUGGUGCCUCAGAUCAGAGAGUUCAACACUGGCCCCUGGGCCCAGCAUGAGGACCGUAUCAGACAACGCCUCAACAUCUACUGCCGCGGCAAUGCCUAUGUCAUCACGGGAGUUACCUCGGCCGGGAACAUGAUUCGGCGAGACAACCAGGACCGCGUGGGCAUCCCAGAGUACAUGUGGACGGCCUACUGCUGUCCAGACUACGACCACAAUGCCCCCUACCUAGAGCGCUACCACUUUCCUGUGUUUGGGGCCUAUGGUCUGAAAAAUAGGGUCAACAAUGCUGUGGUGGAGGUGCCUAUCAAGACACUAGAGACGUUUCUGAAGGGGACGGUUGGACGUGGACAAGAACUACCAGAUCUUCUACAAUGACUGUGUGCCUGAUGACAUGUAGCCAUACUAGAAAAGUUUUGUCUAUAGCUGUAAUGGUGACGGACAUAAAAGCAAGGUUUUAGUAUUGUGGGAUCAAAUGGUACAUGGUGUUGAUGUAUUUAUUCAU